AUGAGAGCUAGCAGUGGAAAUGGAAAUAGACCCAGUGUUCCCCCCUCAAGUACAUCAGACAAGGGGAAAAAAAAAAGGUUAUUUUUGUAUGAGGUUCCAGAUGACCCUAUCUUAGAACCUAAAAAUAAAUUUAAAGUGGAAUGUUUCUUCACAAUAUUAGACACAACAAUAAAAUCUGUACAUGAAAGAUAUGAACAGCUUAAAUUUCAUUCCACGCAUUUUCUAUUUUUGUAUGACAUCCACAAGCUAAAAGAUGUGCAAAAAGAAGAACUCCUGCAGUUCUGCAUGGAAUUGCAGAAUGUCUUAACCGAUGUAAAAUCAAAGGAGUCUGAUGUAGAUGGAAGGCAACUGUGUGAAGAACUUGCUGUAUUGGCUCCUGUUAUAAAACCUACGAUGACACCUGUUGAUAUUUUGGCCUAUGCAGUGAGGAAUGGAUUUGCUCCAAAUGUGGCAAUUGCACUUCGAAUUAUGUUGACCUUACCAAUCACUGUUGCCACAGGUGAGCGAAGCUUUUCGAAACUGAAAAUUAUAAAAAAUUAUCUUCGUUCUUCAAUGUCCCAAGAACAGCUUGUGGGACUUGCCAUGAUAGCAAUAGAAAAUCGGACGGCACAGGAGAUUGACUUUGAAACAUUACUGAAGGACUUUGCGAAUGCCAAAGCAAGAAAAGUUAAAUUUAAUUAG